AUGAAAACCUUUGUAAAUAUUUUUCUGGGAUUUUUUAUCUUUGAGGCAGUUGGAGCUGCACCUAUCACUGACACUAUAAUUUAUGAUUCUGAGUUCUAUGAUGUGUCACUUGGAGAGCUGCCUCACCCAUUUGUCUAUGUUGAAAAUGAGCAGUCUGACCAAUUAGAGGCAGAGAUUGGGACAGCAUUACCUUCUAUAAAUCAGGAGAGUUAUUCUUCUGCACCAUUGACAGAAGAACCUGAGGAAGAAGCAUCAAUGCCAAAAUUAAUUGACGUGUCUUCAGCACAAGGGUCUGGGGUUCUUGGGCCCCAAACUCAAGACGGCCUUCCCACAUGCCUUUUGUGUACAUGUUUAGGGACAACAGUCUAUUGUGAUGAUCACGAGCUUGAUGCUGUUCCACCAUUGCCUAAGAAAACCAUGUAUUUCUACUCACGCUACAAUCGAAUCAAGAAGAUCAACAAAAAUGACUUUGCUAACUUAAACAAUUUAAAGAAGAUUGAUUUGACUGCAAACUUUAUAUCAGAGAUCCAUGAAGAUGCUUUCCGGAGACUUCCCCAACUUGAGGAACUGGUGCUCCGUGACAACAAGAUAAGGCAACUUCCUGAGUUACCAGCUACCCUGACAUUCAUUGAUGUUAGUAACAACAGGCUUGGCCACAAUGGAAUACGUAAUGAGGCAUUUAAAGAUCUGCAUGAACUGCAGCAUCUUUACAUCACUGACAAUAGUUUGGAUCAUAUUCCAUUGCCACUUCCUGAAAGUCUCCAAGCACUUCAUCUUCAGAACAACAACAUUCAAGAGAUGCAUGAAGAUACUUUCUGCAAAAUGAAAGAUUUUACUUAUGUACGUAGGGCUCUUGAAGACAUCAGACUAGAUGGUAAUCCCAUCAACCUGAGCAAAACACCUUAUGCAUAUAUGUGUCUACCCCGUUUGCCAGUUGGUAACCUCAUCUAAACUGUGACAGAAGCAAAUACUGUCAUAUGUUACAAGACUUUUUAAGACAAGUGAUUAACUCACUGCUACACUAAGCAAGAUACUUUUUUUUUUUUUUUACUUUUUUUUUUCCAAACCUCAUUAAUUUUGGAAAUAUUUCUAAUAAUAAUGAAACUGAUUAAUAAGGUACAAAGGAUAAUAUGGAAUGCUAAAAGACAAGUCCAUUAUCUACUUAACUGCAAUUUGUAUAGUAAUAUCAAGAAAAGUAUUUUAGUAAAAAAGUGUGCUGAAAGCAAUAAAUGAUCAAUAUAAAUGCAAAAUUUUAUGCUGAAUUUUAAAGUUAAAUAAUUUUAUAUGUUAAAGCUGUAAUAUAGAAAACAAAGAAUUAAAAAGAAAAUAUAUGUACACAAUUGAAUAUUUAUCCUCUUUUCAUUUCAUGUAAUAUUUUCUCCCAUAGAGACGCCCAUAUUUUUCUCCUUUCUUUAUUACACCAUACAUUCUAGAAAGCUUUGAAUAAAUGUCCUGUAAUAGAGACACCCACAUUUUUCUGCUUUCUUACCUGAAACAUCCCUUCAUUUUGGGAGAGUACAAACAGUAUUCCAAAAGGCAUGUUUUCUUUAGAA